GUGGAGCGAGGCCUUGUUCCCGCGUUGAGCCGCCGCCGCCGCCGCCGCCUCCUCAGCUUCAGCCUCCGCGCCAGGCCCGGCCCCGCCGCGCCAUGUCGUACUACAGCACGGGAGGACCCCCGCCCGGGCCGCCGCCGCCCGCCGGCGGGGGCGGGGGAGCCGGAGGCGCCGGGGGAGGCCCUCCGCCGGGCCCGCCAGGCGCGGGGGACCGGGGCGGCGGCGGUCCCGGCGGCGGCGGCCCGGGCGGGGGGUCGGCCGGGGGCCCCUCUCAGCCACCCGGCGGAGGCGGCCCGGGAAUCCGCAAGGACGCCUUCGCCGACGCCGUGCAGCGGGCCCGCCAGAUUGCAGCCAAAAUUGGAGGCGAUGCUGCCACGACAGUGAAUAACAGCACUCCUGAUUUUGGUUUUGGGGGCCAAAAGAGACAGUUGGAAGAUGGAGAUCAACCGGAGAGCAAGAAGCUGGCCUCCCAGGGAGACUCAAUCAGUUCUCAACUUGGACCCAUCCAUCCUCCCCCAAGGACUUCAAUGACAGAAGAGUACAGGGUCCCAGACGGCAUGGUGGGCCUGAUCAUUGGCAGAGGAGGUGAACAAAUUAACAAAAUCCAACAGGAUUCAGGCUGCAAAGUACAGAUUUCUCCAGACAGCGGUGGCCUACCCGAGCGCAGUGUGUCCUUGACAGGAGCCCCAGAAUCUGUCCAGAAAGCCAAGAUGAUGCUGGACGACAUUGUGUCUCGGGGUCGUGGGGGCCCCCCAGGACAGUUCCACGACAACGCCAACGGGGGCCAGAACGGCACCGUGCAGGAGAUCAUGAUCCCCGCGGGCAAGGCCGGCCUGGUCAUUGGCAAGGGCGGGGAGACCAUUAAGCAGCUGCAGGAACGCGCUGGAGUGAAGAUGAUCUUAAUUCAGGACGGAUCUCAGAAUACGAAUGUGGACAAACCUCUCCGCAUCAUUGGGGAUCCUUACAAAGUGCAGCAAGCCUGUGAGAUGGUGAUGGACAUCCUCCGGGAACGUGACCAAGGCGGCUUUGGGGACCGGAAUGAGUACGGAUCUCGGAUUGGCGGAGGCAUCGAUGUGCCAGUGCCCAGGCAUUCUGUUGGCGUGGUCAUUGGCCGGAGUGGAGAGAUGAUCAAGAAGAUCCAGAAUGAUGCUGGCGUGCGGAUACAGUUCAAGCAAGAUGACGGGACAGGGCCGGAGAAGAUUGCUCAUAUAAUGGGGCCCCCAGACAGGUGCGAGCACGCAGCCCGGAUCAUCAACGACCUCCUCCAGAGCCUCAGGAGUGGUCCCCCAGGUCCUCCAGGGGGUCCAGGCAUGCCCCCGGGGGGCCGAGGCCGAGGAAGAGGCCAAGGCAAUUGGGGUCCCCCUGGCGGGGAGAUGACCUUCUCCAUCCCCACUCACAAGUGUGGGCUGGUCAUCGGCCGAGGUGGCGAGAAUGUGAAAGCCAUAAACCAGCAGACGGGAGCCUUCGUAGAGAUCUCCCGGCAGCUGCCACCCAACGGGGACCCCAACUUCAAGUUAUUCAUCAUCCGGGGUUCACCCCAGCAGAUUGACCACGCCAAGCAGCUUAUCGAGGAAAAGAUCGAGGGUCCUCUCUGCCCAGUUGGACCAGGCCCAGGUGGCCCAGGCCCUGCUGGCCCAAUGGGGCCCUUCAAUCCUGGGCCCUUCAACCAGGGGCCACCCGGGGCUCCCCCCCAUGCCGGGGGGCCCCCUCCUCACCAGUACCCACCCCAGGGCUGGGGCAAUACCUACCCCCAGUGGCAGCCGCCUGCUCCUCAUGACCCAAGCAAAGCAGCUGCAGCGGCCGCGGACCCCAACGCCGCGUGGGCCGCCUACUACUCACACUACUACCAGCAGCCCCCGGGCCCCGUCCCCGGCCCCGCACCGGCCCCUGCGGCCCCACCGGCUCAGGGUGAGCCCCCUCAGCCCCCACCCACCGGCCAGUCGGACUACACUAAGGCCUGGGAAGAGUAUUACAAAAAGAUCGGCCAGCAGCCCCAGCAGCCCGGAGCGCCCCCACAGCAGGACUACACGAAGGCUUGGGAGGAGUACUACAAGAAGCAAGCGCAAGUGGCCACCGGAGGGGGUCCAGGAGCUCCCCCAGGCUCCCAGCCAGACUACAGUGCCGCCUGGGCGGAAUAUUACAGACAGCAGGCCGCUUACUACGGACAGACCCCAGGUCCUGGCGGCCCCCAGCCGCCGCCCACGCAGCAGGGACAGCAGCAGGCUCAAUGAAUCGAAUGAAUGUGAACUUCUUCAUCUGUGAAAAAUCUUUAUUUUUUUUUCCAUUUUGUUCUGUUUGGGGGCUUCUGUUUUGUUUGGCGAGAGAGCGAUGGCUGCCGUGGGGAGUACUGGGGAGCCCUCGCGGCAAGCGGGUUGGGGGGGACUUGGGGGCAUGCCGGGCCCUCACUCUCUCGCCUGUUCUGUGUCUCACAUGCUUUUUCUUUCAAAAUUGGGAUCCUUCCAUGUUGAGCCAGCCAGAGAAGAUAGCGAGAUCUAAAUCUCUGCCAAAAAAAAAAAACUUAAAAAUUAAAAACACAAAGAGCAAAGCAGAACUUAUAAAAUUAUAUAUAUAUAUAUUAAAAAGUCUCUAUUCUUCACCCCCCAGCCUUCCUGAACCUGCCUCUCUGAGGAUAAAGCAAUUCAUUUUCUCCCACCCUCGGCCCUCUUCUUGUUUUUAAAAUAAACUUUUAAAAAGGAAAAAAAAAUAAAAUAAAAUAA